AUGUCUAGCUUGCGAAUCCUUUGUCGAGAUCUCCCUCAUCGUACAAUUGCCUUGGUCACCACUGAAUACGCCUUAAUCUUCCAGCACGGCUCAAUAGAUGCAGUGGCCAGCAAUCAAAAUGGAACACCGCGUUGUCUAGUUGAAUUUUCUAAUAUAUCAUCUAUAGACUGGAGAGACUACAGAUUCCUGGGGGAAGGAUAUGGUACCCUGGGUCUGAUCACUUUGGACGAAGAUGUCUUUCUGUGCGUUGUCACUGGCUCCUCGAAGGCCGCUACCGUUAGGCCCGGAGAGACAGUUUCAAGAAUUGACAACGUGGACUUCUUCUGCCUUACCCAUUCAGAAUUCGAAUAUGGAAUGGAUUAUGGACCCGGAAGUCAACCUACGGCCGAGGAACUUAGCCGUGCCCCUGACCUUGAAGGCAGAGAACUGGUUACUGACCACCCAUUCAUAGCCUUAAAGAAGCUUCUAGGUGAUGGUAGCUUCUAUUAUAGCCUUGAUUUCAAUCUAACUGAUCGGCUGCAAGACCGCUCUGACAAGUCUACAACUUUCGACAUUGAAACCCUUGAUGAGGAUAUGCUAUGGAACUCAUAUAUGAUUAAUCCUCUUCUCCUUUUUCGGGGACAUCUGCCGCCUCUGGACAGGGUUAAUCUUGACUCAUCUCAAAUAUUGACUUGUGUCAUACGAGGAUUUGCUAGCACCCUGAGAAUUCCUGCCUCCGUUCCUCUCCUACCUCAAGUGGAAAGCAAUCUGCCUUCUACGUUUACUAUAAUUUCGCGGCAAUCAUCUCGGCGUGCGGGCACGAGGUUCAAUUCACGGGGCAUUGACGAUGACGGUAACGUGGCCAACUUUGUAGAGACAGAACUCAUUCUUUGGAUUCCCACGGGUAUCACUUUUUCUUAUGUUCAAGUCCGUGGUUCAGUACCUAUCUUCUGGGAACAAACCGCAGGUUUUCUUCCUGGGCAGCAAAAGAUUGAGGUGACGCGGUCCACUGAGGCAACACAACAUGCUUUCAACAGACACUUCGAAUUCCUUGAGUUGGAAUACGGCGCAGUACACGUGGUUAACCUCCUAAGUGAAUUUAAGCCCGGGGAAGUCGAGCUUUCGACGAAGUUGCGUGAGCACAUAAAAAAGAAUAGAGUUAAACGAAGGGAUUCCGACACUUCAGACCAUACGCUUUUGCGAAUGACGGAAUUUGAUUUUCAUGCAGAGACCCGAGGUCCACUUGGAUAUGGUGCGAGCAGCCAGAUAAAAUAUGAUAUCACACAUUCUUCACACGGUUUCGGAUACUUCUUGUCUGAAGAUUUCAUCGGUGCGACAUCGUCGUACGAAAAACAGAAUGUGCCCAAAAGCUCAUCUGUUAUUCUGCAACAAGAAGGCGUAUUCCGAACAAAUUGUCUGGAUUGCCUCGACAGGACGAAUUUAGUACAAACCAUGAUUAGCUCGAUGGCUCUUGAGUCAUUUUUGUUUCAACAGGGAGGAACGCUUCAUUCUGAUGUCCAAGCCAGGCACUCAACGUUAUGGGCCGACAACGGUGAUGCUUUAUCGAAAAUUUAUGCUGGUACUGGUGCCCUCAAGAGUUCCUUCACGCGGCAUGGGAAAAUGUCACUUGCAGGUGCACUCGCGGAUGCACGUAAAACUGCUACACGGCUUUAUGUCAACAACUUUUCUGACAAGGCCCGCCAAAAGACCAUCGACCUUCUUCUAGGAAGAUUGACGGAUCAGAUGCCGGUGCAUCUCCAUGAUCCAGUUAAUGAUGUGGUUUCCGAAGAGCUGGGGCGGCGAGCUUCAGAGUAUUCCUUUUCCAAGUCAAUAAAGAUAUGGGCUGGAACUUUCAAUGUCAACGGGCGCAGCAAAGGCCCAGAUGUCGAUCUCACGCCAUGGUUCUUCCCAGAAAUCGAGGAGCAAAACAGGGAUCCGGAAAUCUUUGCUGUGGGAUUUCAAGAAAUCGUUGAACUAAGCCCACAGCAAAUAAUGUCCACAGAUCCUACCACACGCAAAGUAUGGGAGAACGCUGUCAGGAACUGUUUGAAUGACCGUUCAAGAUCGAAAGGUGCAGGGAAAUAUGUACUCUUACGGAGCGGUCAGCUUGUUGGGGCAGCUCUCAUGAUAUAUGUGAAGGAAGAUGCGUUAAAGCAGAUCAAAAAUGUUGAAGGGAGUACGGGUCUUUCAGGGAUCGGUGGUAACAAAGGGGGUUGCGCAAUUCGCUUCGAGUACUCUAACACCCGUAUUUGCUUCAUUACUGCACAUCUUGCAGCCGGGUUUGCAAACUACGAUGAGAGGAACAAUGACUAUGAAACUAUAGAUUGCGGUCUAAGGUUUCAGAAAAAUAGGUCAAUCGAAGACCAUGAUACCAUCAUAUGGCUCGGUGAUUUCAACUAUCGAAUCGGUCUAGGCAAUCAGAUAGUCAGGGACCUUAUACUACAAGGGGACUAUCAAAGGCUUUAUGACAACGACCAGUUAAACCUGCAGAUGAUAACUGGCAGAGCCUUUCAAUUUUAUUCGGAAGGACGGAUUUUAUUCCCUCCAACAUACAAAUAUGAUAUUGGUAGUGAUGAAUACGAUACCUCGGAGAAAGCGCGUAUUCCUGCGUGGUGUGAUAGGGUGCUUUGGAAAGGCACAAACACCCGCCAGACUCAUUAUGACACUGCAGAUUUACGCCUCUCAGAUCAUCGUCCAGUUUGGGCUACUUUCGAUUGCAUGAUCAAUAUUAUUGAUGAGAGUCUCAAAAGUAAAAUCAGGCGCAUGAUUUAUGAAGAUAGGCAAUGUGAUGUUCGCGAUAUGCCUGCGAAUAAGGCAAAUCUUAUAGAUACUGAGGACGGAGAGGUCAUGUCGCAUGGGUCCAUUGCACCUGGCCUUCCUCCAGCUAGCUCAGAUCAUCAUAGAUGGUGGUUGGAGAAUGGUAUCAAUCCCCUAUCAGAGCUGAGUCCUCCCGCAUAUGGGUCUAUUGUCAAUGUUUAUCGCAACCCUAACCCCUUCUCUCAAGGUGACGAAUAUAAUUGGGUUUUUGUGCCAGACUAUAUUGGCAGACAGAUGAAUUCAAAUACUGCUAAGGAUGUCAUUUCACCCAAGUUCCCAGUGUCUCCCGGUAUCGAAAUACAGGAUGCAUCACCAAUGCAUUCGGGCAAUCGAGACCCAGCCCCUUCCAAAGAAAACUCUGGUGAUGAUAGUAUUCCAUCAUCUGCUAAGAGAAACAACGAUGCGAAAACGCCGCCGGAAAUACCCCGAAAGCCAGUCUUUCUAAGCUCUAAGGUAACAUUAAACACAAGCUUCUGA